AUGGCUGGAAAUUUCUUGAACGAAAUCUCGAGCUUUAUCGUCUUCACUCUCCUCGACGUCCUCGACCUCGUACUCUGCUACGUGUACAGAGUGGCCGAUUUUCUAGCCGAGGCCGAGUGGAAGCCGUGCUACUGUUCGUCGCCUCGGGAGGCCAUGUCAGGAGGCGGCGCCAAAAUCCUCGUCUCCGAGCGCGGCGAGUCGAGGAUCGUUCGCCUCACGAGCACAAAACUCGAGCUCGAGCAAAUCUCCGACACACUCUACGCCCGUCCCUCCCUGGUCUCCGAGCUCUCGCUCUCCCGGUCGUCCUCCGGGAUGGCCCGCCGUGGGGAACGCCCUUUGCGGGCGGGCUCGCUCUCGGUCAACAACUCCACUAUCAUCGAGAUGCUCCGGGAGAGAAUUGGCCGGCAACAGAAGGUUCCGGUUCCGAGGUGGUCGGACUGUGACUGCGGCACGUGCACGGCGUGGACCACCCGCUCGUCUCUCAAGGAGACGCUCUUCGUCAAGGCCUCUGGAGCCAAAGAGAAUGUGCAAGAGGAUGUUGUGUUCAUACACGGGUUCAUAUCUUCGUCGGCGUUUUGGACGGAGACAGUGUACCCGAACUUGUCCAAGGCGGCGAAAUCGAAGUACCGGCUGCUGGCGGUGGAUCUGCUCGGAUUCGGGCGGAGUCCCAAGCCGACGGACUCGCUGUACACGCUGAGGGAGCAUUUGGACAUGAUCGAGAAGUCGGUUUUGGAGCCGUACAACGUUGGGUCUUUUCACAUUGUGGCGCACUCGCUCGGCUGCAUUCUGGCGCUGGCGCUCGCCGUGAAAUACCCGGAAUCCGUCAAGUCUCUGACGCUACUGGCGCCGCCGUAUUUUCCCGCACCGAAAGGGGAACAGGCGACACAACACAUGAUGAGGAGAGUAGCCCCACGGCGCGUGUGGCCACCCAUAGCAUUCGGCGCGUCGAUAGCUUGCUGGUACGAGCACAUUAGCCGGACCAUCUGCCUCGUCAUAUGCAAGAACCACCGCCUGUGGGAAUUUCUUACCAAACUACUCACCAGGAACAGAUUGAGAACCUAUUUGAUGGAGGGCUUCUUUCUUCACACUCACAAUGCCGCUUGGCACACGCUUCACAACAUAAUUUGCGGCACCGCCGGAAAAAUCGAGGGCUAUUUGGACGAGGUCAACAGUCGACUCAAGUGCGCCGUGACUAUAUUUCACGGUAGCGACGAUGAGUUGAUCCCGGUCGAGUGCAGUUACAACGUGCAAUCGAGAAUCUCCCGAGCCCGGGUUAAGUUAGUCCAAAACAAAGAUCACAUUACCAUAGUCGUGGGGAGGCAAAGGGCGUUUGCUCGGGAGCUCGAGGGAAUUUGGAAGAACGCGGGCUGUUAG